AGUAGAGACAAGAGAAAUUUGUGCCAGCUUGCCCAGAUGGAAGAAGAUAACUUUAUGGAAUAAUACUUUGAAAGCGUGACACCUGUGUUCUCCACUGCUAUGACAUAUAAUGACCUUUUUGGAAGACACACUUGGGAUUUGUUUUAGAAGGAGGAGCAAAGAUUGGAAGAUUGGGAUUUAUAUGAAAAUCAACAUGGAGAUUUCAAUUUACAGCAACAAGCCUAUCAUCUGAAGCGAUACCUAGCCCACAGAGAUGGAGCUGGAGGAGGACGCCUUUGACUUCCUCUUCAAGAUCAUCCUCAUCGGAGACACUAACGUGGGAAAGACCUGCGUGGUGCACAGCUUCAAGACCGGAGUGUUUCUGGAGAGGCAGCAGAACACUAUAGGAGUGGACUUCUCAGUUCGAACACUGGACAUCGAUGGCAAGAAGGUCAAGAUGCAGGUUUGGGACACUGCUGGCCAGGAGCGUUUCAGGACCCUCACUCAGGGCUACUACCGGAGUGCCCACGGAGCCAUGAUCGCCUAUGACCUGACCCGGCGCAACACCUUCGAGUCGCUGCCUCACUGGAUCCACGAGGUGGAGCAGCACGGGGCCGCCAGUGUGGUCGUCAUCUUCAUAGGCAACAAGUGUGACCUUGAGUCUGAGCGGCAGGUGUUGUUUGAGGAUGCCUGCACCCUGGCGGAGCAGCACGGAGCCCUCGCUGCCCUGGAGACGUCUGCCAAGAAGGAGCAUAACAUCGAGGAGGCCUUCAUCCUGAUGGCCAAGGAACUCAUAGUGCGCGGCGGGGGCGUCGUCAAUGAGGACCCGUACUCGGAGUCGCCCUACCCGCUGCUGCACUCGUCCACACACACCGUACACCUGGAGGAGCCGGCUGAGGAGAGAAAGUGUGGUAGCUGCUGACAAACCAGUCUCUCUCUCUCUCACACACAUACACACACACACACACGCACACCUGGAGGAAGCGGCGGAGGAGAGGAAGUGCGGCUGUUGAGCAGAGCAGGGGCGUAGCAGCAAAUGGUGGGCCCUAUGUACAAUCAGCAGCUCCAAUGGACCCCCCCCCCCUCAUAUACUGUAUCUACAUAAAUCGGACUGUGUGUGUGUGGGCCCCCUAUAUACUGUACAUGGGGCCCUGCUAACUCAAUCACCCUUUACCCCCCCUGUACGACACCCCUGCGGCUGAGAACUUCUGACACCUGAUCUGAGACAAGGGGGGUGUUCAAGCGCUGCGCCAGGCUGCAAGGACUUGCUCCAGUCCAUCUCAAUGCUUACUGAUUGGCCCGAGACAUACAUCGCUCUUCAUGCGUUAUGAACACGGACAUGGUUAAACCCAAAGCACCACAUGGGGGUAAUUCCAAGAACUUGGCUAAGUGAGAUACCUGGCUUAGUUAACCAAGAGGAAGUGGUAAACCUAAUGAUAGCCUGCAGGCAUCGUUUAGUGAAGCAUAUGAGGACUCCAGACUCUUCCAUUACAGGAUUUACCUCUCCCUUAAGGUUACUGUAGCUUAACCUGGUUUACUACUGAGCCAGGUUCUUGGAAUACUAUGGUUCAUUAGUUUGUUCUCUUCCACUGCAAUGCAUUUCUCAUUUAGCAUGGAAACAUUAUUUCAUUAUUAUUGAUACGAGGAAUACUAACUUGUGUGGUCCUUUCUUUAAGUUAUUACUAAUUACUGCAUGUUCAAGUUAGAGACACGACAAUGUACAUUUGGUCAAUAACAACGUCAACACUGGAUUUAUUCAACACAUUUCAAACAAAAUCUUUUAGCUAAAAAAUAUUUCAUUUUUAAUAACAUUUUAUACAUAACAGAAAAUGAAUGCUCAUUUGGUAAUAAAAACCCAAUAACACAUAUAAAAAUUAAGUUAGGAGAGUAUUUUCCCCCUCAACACAUCUCUUGUGUAACUUUUAAUGUUUGAAAAUGUGCACAUAGACAUGACCAUAUCAAUUAGGAGACUUAGCAGAACAUGGAUGCAGGGACGGAAGUUUCCAGUGUUUUCUGGAAACUGCAUUUAAACACUAACGCACAACUGAAAGAGGUUGUAAAAAAAACAUUGCAAACAUUAUCUGUCUUCACUAUUUCUCUACAGCAACAACAGAUUGAUGAACAUUAUGUAAAUGUAGUUCAAUUAAAAACUGCAUAUGUGCCAUUUGUGACUGCAUAACAAUACAAUAACAACACCAGACUGCAUGAAGGUUAAAACGACUUCCUGUACUCUCCCAUCUUUAAAAUCAGCCCAGUUCCUAAAGCUAGCUGUGAAUGACUUCAGUGUCACGUUGACUGUGCAUUGAGUUGUUCAAGUAAACUGUAGGUAGUAAAUAUGUAGAUCUGUCAGAGGAAAUUGAGUCUAUGUACAGAUCAGGGUGUUCUUAAUCCUGACAGCACUAAAAUAUGAAAGACAUCUCUCACCAUUCAGUCCAAGGAACCAGCUGAUCUGUGAUCUCAAACCAUCCGAUUUAUAACUGCUGGAGUGGUACUGGUAUGUGAAGCAAACCACCCUAAAUGGUAAGUUAGGCAUAAGUUAACAUACUCUGGCAUUCAGUAAACCGUUGGCAUAUCUCCAUCCCCAUUUCUUCACAACACAGACAAAACAUUAGACAUUAAUGAUGAUAGGCAGCGAGCUAACGGGUUGAGGCUCCAUGUCUACUCCAGGGGCCUAUACUAAGAAGCUGGUUCAGGAGUAAACCAGGUUAAGUUGAGAGGUAAAUCAUCUAAAAGAAGA